AUGGCACUCGGAUGGCUCCCAUGCUUAAUGUUGGUAGUCACGUGUGUAUCUCUCGACCAAUCAGGAGCCAUUAAUAUUGGAUACGGUUCCCUGCAGUUUUGUUGGAUUACCAAUGGUCUUGCUACAAUCUAUGUAUUCGCCAUUCCUAUCGCCCUUGCACUUAUUACUGACGUCAUCUUUUAUGCCCUGACCAUCAGAGCCAUCAAGACCACUGCGAGCCAGGCCCAAAUAGCUGCAGGGAAUUCCAAGAGGCGAGGUCAUUUCGGUAUCUAUGUACGCCUAGCAUCAGUGAUGGGCUUCACGUGGGUGUUUGGGUUCGGUGCUGCUCUCUUGUGGUCGCGGCUGUGGUACGUUUUCGUGUCGCUGAACUGUCUGCAGGGAGUGUACCUAGCGGCGGCGUUUGCACUUAGUGACCAAGCCAGGAAACUCUACCGACAGUUACUGGGACCCAGGGCUGAUCACUUGAGAAAUACUGCAACAUCUACGGUCAGAGAAACUCACGAAAACAAGAUUGAGACGAGCGCAAUAUGA